UACGUAUUUAUUUUUAAUUGUUGUGUUAUAUUUUAACUAUUCAUAUUGAACAAAUUAUACUAAAACAAAUUUUAUAAAUAACUUAGCCUAAUGCCUUAUUUUGAUAUUUCCCUGCCUGAGGAUUCUUCAGGGCUAGGUAGACACUUGACUGGUACAGUUAUUACAGAUUUGCAUACCACAUCAAAGGGAGGGCAUUUUAUCUGACAGAUUUAGUGUUUACCAGGCCUACUCACAAAACGUAUCUGGAAUGGAUGGAUUUUCUAAGCUUUCAUGCCAACCAACAAGAAGACAUUUGACCUGACGGAUUAAGAUUUUUAUCAAGCUUACUCACAUUGCGAAUCUUAGAUGGGUGGACUUUUCAAACUUUUAUGCCAUAUCAACGAGAAGACCUUUGACCCGAACGGAUUAAGGCGUUUGCCAGACCUACUCAUUCAGUGGAUCUUGGAUGGGUGAAAUGAAUCUUGAACCAAAAUUCUCCGCUUCCGAGAUCAAAGUUCUUACACCUUAAAGCUUCAACAAUUUUCAUUCUUAUGAAUAGAGAUGUUUCGAUAUAUCAAAGUAAAACAUGCCCAAGCUGAAACAGACGUGUAUGAGAAGAAAAGAUGCCAGCCAAUGUAUGUCACCUUCGCCGCUAUAGUCGCCUCUGUAGGCGGUGUUCUUUUUGGAUACGAUAUUGGAAUCACGUCUGGGGCUCUUUUGCAACUUAGAGAAGAUUUUCACUUAACAUCAUUCGAGCAAGAAAUGGUUGUUAGUUCAGUUCUCAUAGGAGCCUUUUUUGCUUCAUUUGUUGGAGGAAACAUCGUGGAUUCUUGGGGAAGAAAAACUGGAAUUAGUGUCUCGUGCUUACUAUUUAUCAUCGGAGCCAUUAUUUUAUUCUUCAGUAUCAGUAUCGCCAUGCUCAUCAUUGGUCGCUUUAUUAUAGGCGCUGCCGUUUCGCUCUCCGUUACCGCGGAAUGCACUUACAUAUCAGAAAUUUCCCCUCCAAAUCGUCGCGGCAUGAUGGUGUCUCUAAAUGAAGUUGGUAUAACAGCUGGGUUUCUAUUGGCAUACUUAAUCAACUACAUUUUCAUCUCCAUCGAUAAUGGCUGGCGAUACAUGUUCGGUGCUGCAGCCAUUUUAGCUAUCUUACAAGGCUGCGGAGUUGCCUUUCUGCCCAACAGCCAUCAUUAUCUACUUAUAAAAGGAGAGAAAGAAAAGGCAACGAAAGUUCUACGCCUAUUGAGAGACACUGAUGAUGUUGAUAAAGAAAUAGAGAGCAUUAUAUCAUCAAUAGAAGAACAAAAAAAUCGCAGAUACGUUGACCUUUUCAGUACUACAUGUAAUAUGCGCAGCAGGAUGUUUCUCGGGAUGGCGCUAGUAUUCUUACAGCAGUUUUCAGGUAACGCUAACGUAUUGUACUACGCCCCGACAGUGUUCCAACAUUUUGGAUAUCAUUCUGAUAGCUUGGCGACCUUAGUUACCAUAGGUCUUGGAAUAGUAAAAGUGUUGUCCACAGUAGUAACUCUUACUAUUGUAGAUAAAGUGGGACGAAGAACUCUUCUUUUAACUGGAAGUCUCUUGAUGGCAACAAGUAUAAUGGUUCUCGGCACGGUAGGCACGAUUGAAGGAAGAGACGAAAAAGCCAUCGUCAUUCAUCAUACUGUUAUUAUUGAAAAUUUUGAUCAAGUGAACAAUAUAAAUACAUCACUGAGCAGUUCUAGAAAGCAGUUUUCGGAAGGAGAUAUCUCGAAAAUCAUGCAUUUUCAGAAUGAAGCAGAUUUGAUGACCUCGACUGAGCGAACAACCUUCGACGAAGCAUUGAAAUCCAUGCCUCAGUUGCAACCUGGCGAUCAGGCAUCGAAUUUAGAAAAAAGGGCGAUAUCAGUGCGAAACAGUUUAGCGAAUGAAUCAGGAAAAUCCGACGAUGAUCAAAAUAAUAAUACUUCAGAUAGAUUGUUAUCUUUACAAGGAACUAAUAAUUUUAUUCGUACAAAUUCAAUUGAAAUUGAUUUGACCAACGAAACAAGUUUAGAACCACAAGAUAAUUCAGAUUUGUCACUAACAAAAAAGAUAACAUCAGUUGUUUCACUAAUGAUUUUUGUAUGCGCUUAUGCAAUCAGUUAUGGACCAGUUACUUGGUUGGUGCUUAGUGAAAUAUUUCCUGGCUCUUUACGUGGUCGAGCUAUUUCUGUUGCCACUUGCGUAAACUGGGGAUCCAAUAUCAUAGUUUCACUGACUUUCCUUGAUAUAUUGGAUGCAGUAGGAAUCGGACCAACAUUCGUUGGAUAUGGCUUUAUCAGUUAUGGAGCAGCAAUAUUCAUAUUUCUUUGCGUUCCUGAAACAAAGAACAAGUCUCUUGAAGAAAUUGAUACACUUCUUAGCAGAGGAUUAAUACAAGAAAAGGAAAGACUAUGUGCAUUUUCUAAAAGUCAUCAGAAAUAUACCUUGGAGAGAGCAAAUUUUACAAUGAACGAGAAAUCUACAAAUAUAUCGCAAGAACAACAAAAUUAUAAACAUUUGAAUGAAAGAACGAGCUCAAACACAUAACGAAUACUUUUUACAGAAAAGUACUCUUCAUUGUAUUUUGUGCAUCUGUUGCCAUGGAAUCUCUUCAUCUCAAAAUCAAGAUAUGAAUAAUUUUGUAAAGUUUUGAUAAAAAUGUGAAGAAUUUUUCUUCUCUGUUCAUAAUGAAACUAUUUCUGAAAUAUUUUUUUAGAAUCGCAAAAAAGCAAUAGCCCCUAAUUCUUUCAUCUUAUUAAAAACUCCUUUAUAUGGUUGCUUUUGGCUAGUUUAAAGAAGAAACAAAUUGAUUAAAUUAAUUAAAAUUAAUUAAACACCAAUCUUCUAAAAGCUCCACUGAUUUCUGAACUUAAAUGAUGCAAUUAAUUACACUUUUAGCUCUUAACUACGAAAACUUCAUUACUGAAACAAAAUAAAUAGAUUUACAUUAAAUUAUAAGUAACAGAAAUUUUGAUAAUAAUGGCAUUACUUAUAAAUAAUCGAUAUGGAACAAGGUUUCCAAAUUUUUAAUAGACUAAUUUGUAAAUAAUUUCUUAAAAUGUUGCAAUCAUACAGUACUGCAAUUCUUUAUAUCAGGGAAGAAAUUUUUGCUACUUUCCACUGAAACUGUGGAAUUCAUUUAUUAGUAAUAAGUAAAAACAAACAAAAAAGAUCCUGUAGUCAGGUGAGCAGUUGAUUCUCCAAUACCAAACUUUUCACCUACUCUAUUCAGAAGUUACUUUUGUUCAGUAACGUCCCACUUUAGAGCAACACUAGGACUUUUGGAGACGGACCUCGUAAUUUUGAGAGAGAUCAAACGAAGAGACUGACAUCUGAGCUGGCACCCCCUCUCCAAACUUCCAAGCCACACCCGUGACCAUGGUAAUUUUAACGUGCGCCAAACCCGCUUACAUGGCGGUUCUUCGGUCUAAAACAUGGAGCCUCCGGUUAGCAGCAGAGUCCUUGCCACCAGGCCACCAUGAUCUCUACUCUAUUGAGAAGACGGCUGAUUUUUUAUAGUAAAUAUAAGAUGAUUAGCAAGAAAAACGGAAUCUGGUUUUUGAUAAUGACGCAAGGCUCGAAAUAAAUUUAUUUCAUUUGUCAAUUUCAAAAUCACAUUUGUCAUAUUAUUGCCUCUAUCCAAAGCUACAAUGUAGCCUAAGAUAGGGGUUGAACAUAUAUCCAGAUGACGAGAAUAGCAAAGAGCUGGAGUGACACUUCACCAAUUUUUCCACUAAACCAAUAAAAUAACGCUCGAGAGUCUCAGGAUUUGAGAUACAUUAUUUUCCACUUAUUGCUUAUUUUCAGAGACAUGUAUCAGUCGCCUCUAACUAUGAAAGAGGAAUUUUGUCUGUAGGUCACUCUGGCCUUUGCGAUCAGCUUCUGUUUCGAAAGUAAAAUUUUAAAUUACAGAACUAAGAGUGAAACGUCAUUAAGAGUGUAGUAGGCACCAACAAGUUAUUUUUAAAAAACGGACGCAGUUUAAAAUGGUUUAUCUGUGUUUCUCAUUCUGAAGUUAUUUCUAAAUAAAGAUAUUAUGUUUCGUUUUGAA